AUGAAGCUUCUACUUGAUCUGGUCAUUGGCCAGAGCCUGGUUCUCGGCAAAACAUACGCUGGUUCAAUCGACGACAGUGUCGAACUAUCUCUAUCUUUGGUGUCUCUUUCUCUUUCAUCCUUUUUAUCUAUCUAUCUAUCUAUCUAUCUAUCUAUCUAUCUAUCUAUCUAUCUAUCUAUCUAUCUAUCUAUCUCAGGCUGUUUACUAUCUAUCUAUCUAUCUAUCUAUCUAUCUAUCUAUCUAUCUAUCUAUCUAUCUAUCUGUUUAUCUCAGGCUGUUUACUAUCUAUCUAUCUAUCUAUCUAUCUAUCUAUCUAUCUAUCUAUCUAUUCUAUUCUAUUCUAAUUCAGAGGCUUACGGCGCUAUGACGAAAAAUCUAUCUAUCUAUCUUUUCAUAUCUCUGUCUUUUCAUAUCUAUCUAUCUAUCUAUCUAUCUAUCUAUCUAUCUAUCUAUCUAUCUCAUCUAUCUUUCUAUCUCAGUUUAUUUACUAUCUAUCUAUCUAUCUAUCUAUCUAUCUAUCUAUCUAUCUAUCUAUCUAUCUAUCUAUCUAUCUAUUCGAAUUCAGAGGCUUACGGCGCUAUGACGUUGAAACACCGGUCCUCUUAG